ACUGGGAUAAGGCACUUAGAGGGACUUGACUCUCCUCUUAGUGUGCUCUGUCUGCCUCUGCUCCCCCUUUUCUCUGCACACCCCUCCCUAGGAGAAGAACCAUGUCGGUCAGAACCAGCAUCAAGACCAGUAGGACCAGCUACGGAAGUAGCAGCGGCGGCGGCGGCGGCUUCGGCGGCAGCAGCCGUAUGUCCAUGGGAGGAGGAGGAGGAGGAUUUUCCUCCAGAUCCGCCGUCACCGUCAGGCCAUCCUACGCCAUGUCCACAUCCAGCGCCAUGGGUGGCGGCAUGAUGAGGUCAGGCGGCUUCAGCUCCGGCUCUUCUUACGGCAUGGGCGGCGGCGGCGGCGGUGGCGGCUUCGGCGGCGGCUCCAGCUUCAGUUACAGCAGCGGCGGUGGCGGCUUCGGCGCCGGCGGCGGUGGCGGCUUCGGUGGCGGCUUCGGCGCCGGCGGUGGUGGCGGCUUCAUCGCCCCAAUCACAAAUGUCCAAGUCAACCAGAGCCUUCUGGCCCCCCUGAACCUGGAGAUCGACCCCAACAUCCAGACCGUCCGCACCCAUGAGAAGGACCAGAUCAAGACCCUCAACAACCGCUUCGCCAGCUUCAUUGACAAGGUCCGCUUCCUGGAGCAGCAGAACAAGAUGCUGGAGACCAAGUGGAGCCUCCUGCAGGACCAGACCACCACCCGCUCCAACAUCGACGGCAUGUUCGAGGCCUACAUCGCCAACCUGCGCAGGCAGCUGGACGGGCUCGGCAACGAGAAGGUCAAGCUGGAGGGCGAGCUGAGGAACAUGCAGGGCCUGGUGGAGGACUUCAAGAACAAAUAUGAAGAUGAAAUCAACAAGCGUGCCUCCGUGGAGAAUGAGUUCGUUCUCCUCAAGAAGGAUGUGGAUGGCGCUUACAUGAACAAGAUCGAGCUGGAGGCCAAGGUCGACGCCCUCCAGGAUGAGAUCAACUUCCUCAGAGCCGUCUAUGACGCGGAACUGCGCGAGCUCCAGGGACAGAUCAAGGACACCUCCGUCAUCGUGGAGAUGGACAACAGCCGCAACCUGGACAUGGACUCCAUCGUGGCCGAGGUCCGCGCCCAGUACGAGGAGAUCGCCAACAACAGCCGGGCCGAGGCCGAGAAGUGGUACCAGCAGAAGUACCAGGAGAUCCAGACCACCGCAACACAGGCCGGAGACGACCUUCGCAAUACCAAGAGUGAGAUCUCUGAGAUCACCCGCAUGAUCACCCGCAUCCAGAACGAGAUCGAGUCGGUCAAGGGACAGCGCAACAACCUGGAGGCCCAGAUCGCUGAGGCCGAGGAGCGCGGCGAGCUGGCCGUCAAGGACGCCAAGCUCCGCAUCAAGGACCUGGAAGACGCCCUGCAGAGAGCCAAGCAGGACAUGGCCCGCCAGGUCCGCGAGUACCAGGAGCUCAUGAACGUCAAGCUGGCGCUGGACAUUGAGAUCGCCACCUACAAGAAGCUGCUGGAGGGAGAGGAGUCCAGGAUUGCAUCCGGUGGUGCUAGCGCAACCAUCCACGUUCAGUCCUCAAGCAGCGGCUUCGGUGGCAGCUCAGGAGGCGGCGGUGGCGGAUUCGGCAUGGGCGGCGGCGGCGGCGGCGGCUACGGCAUGAGCAUGGGAGGCGGCGGCGGCGGCGGCUACAGCAUGAGCAUGGGAGGCGGCGGCGGCGGCUUCGGCAUGGGCGGUGGCGGAGGAUAUGGCAGCUCCAUGAGCAUAGGCGGAGGCAGCAUCAGCUCAAAAAGCAGCAGCAUGGUCUCGUCCCGGCGUUAUUAGAAGCACCCGCCCUCCCUCUCUCCCUCUCUCUCCGUUCUUCUUCCCUUGUUCUACUCCUCCGUAUCCCCUCCCUGCAGACACAGAGCAUUGAGAGCAUCUAGCAUCCAAAUACGAGUCAGGUAGAAAGAUGCGAGUCAGUCCAGUCUUCCCUAGAUCAGUCUCAGCCGGUGCAGGACGUGCUGUCGUGCAGACAUGACAAUACUUGUAGUGUCACAACAGAUAGUCCGCACAAGGCAACAAAUUCAAGAACAAGAGGCCGACAGGAAGUGGUUUUGUUGUUGUUUUUACACGAGAAUGGCAGGAUGAUAUUUGGUGUCACAGCUACAUCGUCUCUUCCUCAUUUUCAUUAUCUUGUGCAGAAUUACAUCAUCAUUUCCUUUUUUUCCCGUUUUUUUUAGAAAGUUAACUCAGCUACCACGUAAAAGUGUUGUUCUGAUCGUUUACUUUACUUCCAUUUCAAUAACAAAGUGACAAUAACAACAAUACUGCAUAAGGCUGACUGGCGUUGACAGAUUUAUUGUGAACUGUACCAUCAAAACAUCUGGAAUAAAUCUGUGUUCAUAUUCAA